CUUCCUUCAAGCCAAUGCGGCCAUGCCCUGUGUUGAACUUCGACCAAAGGUAUACGUAUACGGUAUAUCUAAUAAAAAAGAAUUGGGCCCAAAUUCAUACUAUCACAAAACAAAACAAGUAGCUCGCCCUCUAACAUCUAACUUUGAGAGCCGAUUAAUUAACAUUAGAAAUGGGCUGUGAUUAACAAACAAACGUGGGCUCAACAAUCCAUUAACACGCUCGAACCAAGUCGAAGGCGGCAGAACUUCACCGGCUCACCGGACACCGGAGAGAGAGAGAGAGAGAUCAGGAGCGAACAAAGCCACCGAAGCUGCUUCCCUCAACUAACAAAUCCAAAUCCAAUGUAACAAGAAACCUAGAUAUGAGACUCAGUCUUGUAGCAGGUUAUACUGUAAUGAAAUCCAGCUUUUGACGUCCGAUAGUCAUCAACCCUAACAGAGGGCACCAUGAUCGAACCUCUCCCUUUAGUCUCCUCUCUUUCUCCUGCGGUUCUCUCUUUCCUUGACACCCAACUACACACUACUGUUGAUCUUCAAGAAGCUUCUAGACUAGUUUCUGAGUUGCAGAAUGAUUGUCAUGUCUUGGAUCAGAGCCUCACAGAUUUGAACCAAAACCUCGGUACCUAUUUGCUUGCUUACUCUACACACUCAGAUCAAGUGGGUCUCCUCUUUAAAGACAUAAACAUCAAAUUAACCAGUUUCCAACCUUCUAUCUCAGAUGGAGAGAAAGGGGAGAAAAGGGAAAAGUCAGAAACUUUUUUGGGGAAAGAGUUGCCAGCUCUUGCUCGUGAAGUGGCUAGGGUUGAAGCAGUUCGAGUCUAUGCUGAAACAGCAUUAAAACUUGAUACAUUAGUUGGGGACAUUGAAGAUGCUGUCUCUUCCAGUGUAAACAAAAAUUUAAGAAAGCAAACAUCUCCCCACAAUUCGGAGGAAGCGCGAUUUAUUGCCAUUAAUGCCCUCAAACUAGCAGAAGAUGUUCUAACAAAAGUAUCAAGAACACGCCCUCAAUGGUCACGCCUUGUUUCAGCUGUUGACCACAGAGUUGACCGAGCAUUAGCCAUUUUAAGACCUCAAGCAAUUGCAGACUAUCGUUCCCUUCUCACCUCUCUUCAUUGGCCACCACCUCUCUCCACUUUAAAUCCUUCCAAUUUAGAACCAAAAAAAUCACCCGAAUCCACAAAUCCCCUUUUCACAAUGAAAGGCGACCUCAAAACCCAAUAUUGUGACAGUUUUCUUGCACUAUGUAAACUACAAGAGCUACAAACACAAAGAAAAAUUCGACAACUUCAAGGGCAUAAUGGUAAUCUUGAAAUCACUCAUCAGCCACUUUGGGCCAUUGAAGAGCUUGUGAACCCUAUUUCAAUCGCAUCACAACGCCAUUUUUCAAAAUGGGGUGACAAACCCGAGCUUAUUUUUGCUUUAGUUCAUAAAAUAACUCGGGAUUAUGUCGAUUCAAUGGAUGAAUUAUUGCAGCCUUUAGUUGAUAAAGCGAAUCUUUCAGGUUAUUCUUGUAGGGAAGAGUGGAUUUCAGCCAUGGUGACAUCAUUAUCAACCUACAUGGCAAAGGAGAUUUUCCCAAUAUAUAUGGAAAACAUCACUGAAAACCGAAUAUCUUGGCUUCAUUUUAUCGAUUUAAUGAUUUCUUUUGAUAAAAAAAUCAAAGCUCUUGUAGCACAAUCAGGAAUCAUGUUGGAGGAAGAUGUGAACAUGCAAAACAUUUCUUCUUUAUCUGUGUUUUGUGAUCGACCUGAUUGGCUUGAUUUAUGGGCUGAAAUCGAGUUCAGUGAUGCCAUUGAGAAACUGACACCUGUACUUGAAGACGAGAAAAAAUGGUCAACAGAAGUUGAAGAAUCAGUCAACAUUUUAGGUUCAGAAGGUUACAAAUCACCCGCAAUUUCAAGUGCCUUUUUAACACGGUUAUCGUCUAUAAUCGAACGGUGUAGAUCACUGCCAGCUGUCACAAUGAGAGCAAGGUUUAUUAGGUUAGCAGGUGCGCCAAUUGUACACAGGUUAUUGGAGUUUUUAUUUCUCAAAUGUCAAGAAGCAGAAGGGUUGACCGCUUUGACCGAUGAUGAUGCUCUGAUUAAAGUGACAAAAUGUAUAAACGGGUCCCGUUAUUUUGAAUCUGUUUUAAAAGAGUGGUGUGAAGAAGUUUUUUUCCUUGAAAUGGGAUCAGAUGGUGGUGUAUUUGAUGAUGAAAUAUGUAAAUUAGAGGAAUUUAGAAUCGAAUGGGUUGAGAAGUUAUCAAAGGUUGUUUUUCGGGGUUUUGAUGCGUGUUCACGUGAAUAUAUAAAAAACAAAAAACAAUGGAUGGAAAAAAGUGAAGAAGGUUGGGGGGUUUCGAAAUCUUUUAUUGUUGCACUUGAUUAUCUUCAGGGUAAAAUGUCGAUAUUGGAAAUGAAUUUAAAUAAGAUGGAUUUUGUUGGAGUGUGGAGACAGGUUGCAAGUGCGAUAGAUUUGUUUGUUUUUAAUGGUGUUUUUAUGGGUUAUGUGAAGUUUUCUGAUGGUGGUGUGGAGAGACUUGGGAAUGAUUUGAUGGUUUUGUAUGGGGUUUUUAAAAAUUGGUGUUUGAGGCCUGAAGGGUUUUUUGGGAAAUUGAGUGAGGGGUUGAAGUUGUUGAAAAUGGAGGAUAGAUUGCUUCAUGGGAGUUUUGAAGGAGGAGAAAGAUGGCUGAAGCUGAAUGGGAUAAGACAUUUGACUUUGACUGAGGUCGAAAGAGUCGUGAAGAGUAGAAUAUAAGAUAUCAAAAAAAAAAAAAAAAAAAGGAAUCGUAACAAGGGCAACACCAAGUUUUUUUUUUUUUUUUU